AAGACACUACACUGCCUGCAGGGCUGCAGAGGAUUAGGAUCGAGCCAGAGAGCGUCUCACACCUCCCAGCGAGCACCCCGAUCCAGCAAUGAGUUCAGCAGUGCAGGAGAACAGACCCCUCAGCAGGGCCGUAAGGAAGAUCAAAUGCGCUGCCAUGGUGAGCAGCUUAGCCAAAAGCUGGCAAACAUGGGCGGGAGAGCAUUCGGGAAAGCAGGACUCAAUCCCCAAGGGGUGGUUUCCCAGCUCUGUGACAGAAGAAAGAGGAGGAAAAGAGUCAGAGAAAACUGAAGCCAAGCCCUUUGUGGCACCCAGAGCUGAGACAGAGAAGAGUGCGGACCGGAGCGGAGCGAAGAUCAGGACGGGCAGCGUCUCUAAAGGCAUCAGACCCAAAAAGAGCGACUGCGGGAAUGAUCUGGUCAGUUUCAUUGCAGGAAAAAUAAACACCAACCAGAUCGCGCCCAGCGAAACGAAACCGUUCCUGGGGAACAUGUCGCCCACGCGCAGGAGGUACUGCAAGCUGGGCUCCCGCAGCAGCAGCAUAGACACCGAGGACAGCGGGUUGGGAGAGGAGGGGGGGUCCAGUGAAACCGACGAUGAGAACAAGAAUAAAGACAAGCCUGUAGGGGGAGUAGCAAGGAAAAGCACGAGACCCAAGAUUAAGGUAUCUACCAUGGGAGACCUGAGAAGCAAUUGGCAGAAGUGGUCAGAGCAACACAGUGAGCAACAGAAACUGAACCCCUUCAGCGAGGAGUUCGACUACGAGCACGCCAUGGCCUGCCGCCUACUGAAGGGGGACCAGGGCUACGGGAGACCCAAGGAGGGGAGCAAGACCGCCGAGAGGGCUCGGAGAGCAGAGAGGCACAUCCACAAAGAGAUGGAGGAGAUGUGCUUCAUCAUCCGAGACAUGGGCGUCAAGUGCAAGGACGAGCGCGUCCGCAUCACCUUCGGGGGGCUGUUCGACAGAUACGUCAAGAUCUCCGAUAAAGUGGUGGGGAUCCUGCUGAGAUGCAGGAAGCACGGCAUGGUUCAAUUCGAGGGUGAGAUGCUGUGGAAGGGGCAGGACGAUGAUGUCAUCAUCACCCUACUGGUGUAGAGUUUCUUUUUUUUUUUUGGUUUUGUAAUGAUGUUUGAUUUUGCAAUUUGUAUUACGCCGAUUGCUUGAUGGUUGUUAUUUUCUUUCAAAAUGAAAGAAUGGGAGUCUUCUUAAAGAAGGACAUGUAGUAUUUUGAAAUACCGUUUAACUUGAUUUUCUCUUUGUGUGUAUGCUCCAGUCUGACAAUUCAUUUGUCAUAGUUUGACCAUGUAUUUAUUUGCGCUUCAGAUGUUUUUUUUAAAUAAAAAGCAGGAUAUAUUCUGUAUAUUAAGAUGAGAUCAUUGUGACAUUGUUUUAACCUUGUAUGUGUACAAUAAACUACUGAAACACA